AUGGCCAAAGCGAAAGGAAACGACAAAAAGGCAGCCGCUUCCGCCAAGGGCAAGGGAGGAAAGGCUGACAAGGAAGAGAAACAGGUCAAGGGCGCGCAGUCGAUCAAUGUGCGCCACAUCCUUUGUGAGAAGCAUGGGAAGAAGGAAGAGGCCCUAGCAAAGCUGAGGGAUGGUGCCAAGUUUGACGAAGUUGCGCGCGAGUUUUCGGAGGACAAGGCCAGGCAAGGUGGCUCUCUUGGUUGGAAGACAAGGGGUAGCCUCGACCCAAAGUUUGAAGAGGUGGCCUUCGCUCUCGAAGCCAGUUCGACUGGUAACCCCAAGAUUGGCGAGGCCAAGACCGGUUUUGGAUACCACAUUAUCAUGGUCGAGGGUAGGAAAUGA